CGGACGGACGGAGGGGGAAGCUUGGCUGGCUUGUAGGCUGGGCGGGCGGCGAGUUUUAGGGGAGAAAGUCCUUGAACGGGGCCAGGGGGCGGAGGCCCCCCCCUUCCCCCCCCCUUGCUUCUUCGCUAAAGCGCCCCAAGUUUUGCAAAGCGCUUCCCGCCGGCAGUUCGAAGCCUCUUCUCGCCGCUCCUAUGUAAAAACCGUAACCAGAAUGAUACAAGUCUUGGACCCAAGGCCUUUGCCCAGUUCCAUCAUGCCGGUCGAUGUAGCCAUGAGAAUAUGUUUGGCCCACUCGCCACCCGUGAAGAGUUUCCUCACCCCCCUCGAUGAAUAUCAAAGAAGAAAUUUUGUGGAUCGCUUAAAGCCUCUGAGAUCAUGCCUCAACGUGAAACGUGAGACGGAGCACCAAAAUAGUGACUGGAAACACUCUGCGGGCCGGGCCAAGAAGAAAGUGGUUUUUGCCGACUCGAAGGGCCUCUCUCUGACUGCCAUCCACGUCUUCUCUGAAUUCCAGGAGAAUCCAGUCUGGGAUCUCCAAUUCGAUCUGUCAGAUCUCGAAGACAUCACAGCUAGCCUAAAGUUACACGAGGAGAAGAACUUGAUUCUUGGUUUUACCCAGCCUUCGGCUGACUACUUAGACUUCCGGAGUCACUUACAGAAGAACUUUGUCUGUCUCGAAAACUGCACCCUGCAGGAAAGUACCGUGUCUGGGACCGUGAAAGUGAAAAACGUCAGCUUUGAAAAGAAGGUGAAGAUUCGAAUCACCUACGAUUCGUGGAACACCUAUUCCGACCAUGAUUGCGUCUACAUGAACAACGUGUACGGCGACUCGGAUAACGACACGUUCUCCUUUGCGAUCGAAUUGCCUCCCGCCAUUCCUAGCGAGCAAAAAAUUGAAUUUUGUGUGCAUUAUCAAAACGGCGACCACAUUUUCUGGGACAAUAACGAUGGGCAAAACUAUAGGAUUGUCCAUGCGAAAUGGAAGUCUGACGGCGUCCAAGUGGCGACGUCACCCAGGAAAGGCUGCCUAACACUCAAAUCUUCAAGAAAGGUGCAAAAAGCAGUGGGUGAACAACUUGGCAGCGCCCGGAUAUCCAAUAGCUUCUAUCCCGAAUGGCAAAAGUGGAGCACAGUUGAAACAUCCUCUCCAUAUUGGUGAAUGAAAUAUAUCCACAGAGGCCUCUAAUAUCAAUGGCUGACAUUGCUGAUCUUCAGCUUCUGAAUAUGCAUUAUAAACAAACCAAGUUGGAAGGCAUGGUGACUACUUUAAAAGAAGCUAACUUCUUCUUCCAGUUGUGUUCCAGUUACAACUUAGGCAUGGGACAAUUCGAUGACAAUGUUGCCUAGCUUAAGAACAGCAUGUGUGCUCCAUAUAUGUGAAACUCUUGUUUUUUUCCCAAUCAUUUGCCUGGACAUGUUAAAAAAAAAGAGAUGUUGGGAAGAAAUAAUGUCGUGCUGACUCUCAGGAAGCUGUGAUUGUGUGGGAAAUGUUGGAUAGAUAGCCACAAAAAAUAAACCCCUUUGUGCCUACUUUAAAAUGCAAUGGGAAUUGAGAGAGAUGCCGAAAACUGUGAAGCCUUGUGACUUGAAUUCAACCUAAACAAAGAUUGACUACAACACAUAUUCAUUGUUUGGGUUUUGGGGCAUAGGAGUAUCUCAACAGGAUAGAGUUGAGAAAGGAAGGGAAGAAAGAUGAGGUUCUGUAUUGUAGUUGAGAAGUAUUGGGGAGCCCUAUUUUGUAUCUCCAAAGAAAUUAUCAGUAGUUCGCAAAAUUGAGAAACCUAUAAAGAACUUCCCUUGAACUUGAGUUACCAGCUUUUAUCCCAAAAGAUCACCUGUACCUUUAAAAUCUCUAGGACUGAUAGAAUUAUGUCAGAUGCAGGUUUCCCCAUCAAUGUAUUUGCAGUCCUGUUAAAUGUACCUGUCCUAGGCUAGGUGUAUGUGGAAGAAAUAUUCAAGCAUGAAGAGGCUAAAAUGUGGCAACUGCGUUUAUAAAAAAGACCCUGUAUAUUUGCAGGCUUCGUUUCACUAUUCUGCCUUCAACUUGCUCUAUAACAGACUAACUUUGCUUUCAUAAGCCAACUCCCUACACAAGGGGAUUGCCAUCCUGUGUACACACAAGGUGUGCCUUAAACAAAACCCAGUGAAAUACCCCAAGAGCACACUGUUUUGCUUAGAGAUUUGAAUGACUCUUGUGAAAUGCCUUAAAUCUAUCAACGUUGGCCGUCCGACGAGCUUGCCUUGUAAAAGUAGACAGAAACCUCUCCUCUCUUAGCUUGCUUGUUGUAGAAGAAUGUUGUUGGUAAGAAUCUUCCCUUCUAAGGAGAGCUCUUCAACCACAAUAAAAUAAUCCCUAAGCAAUCCCAGAGUCCUUCAUAUUGAAGGUUGUUAGAUAGCUGCACUUCUCAAGCUAAUAGGUUUAAAAAUGACAGAGUAGGCAACUUGCACAGAAAUAGAAAAUCGUUUCUAUUCACCUCCUCGUACCUCAUUUUUUUUUCUCUGUAGCUUUUACGGAACCAGAACAUGUUGGGUUAUGCAUGUGUAUGUGCUAUUUUAAUUGUGAUUUUGAUCUCCCCCCCCCCCAGGUGCAUUGUAUUUUGUAAAUUAUAAUGUAUGACUGCAGUUUUGACUCAGAUGUACAGAGCAAUUACAAUUAGGAUGGGUGUGUGUGCGCACUCCUACACGUUCCGGUUUCGUAGUGGUGGUAUUGUUUAUGGAGAAUGCAAACUAUUGUUUGUUACACCAGUAUAGUGAGAUGGGACAUGCAUUGUAAAAAAAAAAAAGCAAAACUCCUUCCAUCUCUUUUCCCUUCUUCCUCACUGUAUCACAACGACUGUGUAAGCAAUUCACUUAAAAAUAAACUGUAUUUUGGUAA